AUGAAUAUCAACAAGAAGCUCGACAGGGUCAAGCAAUGGGCAGGGGAGAAGAUGGGACAGGAGUCCAAGACUGGCGUGUCUGAAGAAUUCAAGGCUCUGGAGAUGGAAAUGGCCUUGAGACACGAAGGUAUGGAGAAACUGCAAAAGUCCAUGACCGUCUACGUCAAAUCUCUCUCGAGACGCAACGAAGUCGAAGAUAAAGAAAAGGUUCUGCCAGUCGGGUAUCUUGGUCAGACGAUGAUACACCAUGGAGAGGAUUUCGAGCCGGAUUCAGAAUUUGGAAAUUGUCUCAUAAGCAUGGGAAGAGCAAAUGAGAGGAUUGCCCGGACACAGGAGACUUACGUGGCCAAUGCCACAACAGGAUGGUUGGAGUCUCUAGAACGGUCUUUGGCGAUGAUGAAGGAAUAUCAGGCUGCACGAAAGAAGCUUGAACAGCGUCGACUGGCAUAUGAUGCAUCCCUUUCGAAGAUGCAGAAGGCGAAGAGAGAGGACUUCCGGGUUGAAGAGGAACUCCGCUCUCAAAAGGCCAAAUACGAAGAGUCCAACGAGGAUGUUUUCAGACGUAUGCAGGAUAUCAAGGAAGCCGAAGCAGAGAGUGUUGCAGAUCUGGGCGCAUUCUUGGAGUCCGAAUUGGAGUAUUAUGACAGAUGUCGUGACGAGCUUCUUCGGUUGAAGAGAGAUUGGCCUGCUGGACAAACCUCCCCUCAACGAGAUUCUAGACGACCAAACCCCAGAUCUCGAUCCAACACAGCUCAUUCCUACAGCGACAGAUACCAAGAGGAGGCUCCACCAAUGCCAGAACCAGAAGUUAGACCUACCAUCAGAUCUCAGGGCCGCGUUCCAUCCUCUUCCCGCCUCGAGACCCGUCUCGAUACCCAUGACGAAUAUCUUCAAGCCGAAUCUCCGUCUAGGCCAAACUAUGGUCGCGCUUCUACUUUCCAAGGUCCAAUUUCCAUAUACCGUGAAUCCACACCAGUUUCAGGUUACCGCAAGCAGUCUGGCCCACAAGAUCCAGGAUCUCUUCGGGCACAGCUGCGGCCUUCCAACAGAGUCAACACAAACGGUCCUGAUGUUUUCGGUGAUCCUUCCGAUGAUUCUACUUUGAACAGCGCCAGCCCCGAUCGAUCUUACAGUGCUAGGUCUGUCAGUCCAGCAACUUCUCAUGGAAGCGUAGGAAGCAGAACCGCCAGCUACUCAGCCUUGAACAAUGCUACAAACGGUCGAAAGGCACCUCCUCCACCACCCAGCAGAGCAAAGAAGCCACCGCCACCUCCACCAAUGAAGCGAGCCGAAAUCAGCUCUGGCAGUAUCAAUAGAUACUAG